CGGUGAUCGAAGUCUGCACGCACACGCACUAUGGACAGACGCACACACAGUAUGCGAUGCUACCCGGUAUGUAGUUCGAGAGCUCUACUCUAUGUGGCUCUACCCCCAAUGGCAUCCCAUCCGCUCACACGGACACACACACAUACAAGGACACACACAUGCACACAGAUUGAAUGAAUGAAUGAGAGCGGCUGACUCACAGAGCAGGGCUUCCUUGUCUCUUCUUUGGCCAGGUAGAGCACUGAAUCAGAAGGGCACAUGACCAUACAGGUACAUGCAGCGCCAGCUAACAGCGAAGAUCGACAACCGCAGCUAGCUGCAUAGCUACGCUGAUGACAGAGCGAGACACGCAAUGGUGCUGCUGGGAGCCACAUAAUGCCUGCCAUCCAUCAGAUAUGUAAUGCAUGGCAGCGAUGAUUUGAUCCUCCCUUCCUCACAAACACAUCUUCCCCUCCCUCCCUCCCUCCCUCCCUCCCUCCCCCUCGCUGUUUGUUUCGGGAUACGUACCAUGGGCCACCUCAUUCACUGGAUUAGCUACAGGAACCAGAGCUUGGUGGACAGCUGCUUCGACGGCACCUUGUUGGCCAGCGCCUCGGUCACCUUACGCGCACACCUAACCGACACAAAAACACACACAGAGACAUCCACACACGAGUGGGCCGCAGUGGGGUUGUCGUGUAUUUCUUUCUUUCUCACGUCUCGGCGUAUUUCACGGGUGCCGGCACGCGGAUCGGGCCUGAAGGGGCCAAGAAAACGCCGCACACGAAACGUGAGUGGACGCCUCCCUGCCUCUCCCUCUGUGAUACACAUGUUUAUGUGUGUACCGCUCCAGUUUUGGUAUAGUGUGCUCAGUUGCAUGGUGAUGCGGCAGAGGCCGUCGACGCCAAACCGGCCGUCUGCAUCCCAGUUGUCGGACUGGCCGUAGACCUCAUACUUGGUGGGCGUCACGGUGCCUGUCAGCCACGCAUGACAGCAAGAGGGAGUGAGGAAGGGAUGGAGGGAGGGGAGACACAUCCACACAGACAGAGAAUGGGGGCUGUGUGCUCUGCUGUUCGUGCCGUACCUUGUGUGACGAACUGGUGGCAGCCGCAGAAGACCAACUGGGUGGUGUCCGUCACACCUGCUUGGCACACACGCACACAGCGAUGAGCACAUGGAUGGUCAUCUGCACUUGGUGUGAAGAUCGAUACAAAGUGGUACCUUGGUCGAACACGCUGAGUGGCGGUGGGUUGUCGAGUGCGCCGCCGCCCGGCUUGCGCACGGCAAACCUGACCACGUCGACACCCUGCGUCUGCUCGGGUGCAUGGGUGCAUGUGUGUGUGUGUGUGUUGCGGUGUGUGUGUACCUCUGGUUGACGUUCUUGUUGACUAUGAUGUAGAUCCACUCGGGCUUCCACUGGUCAGUCGUCAGCUGCUUGAACCCCUCCUGAAUCAUGGGCACCUCAAACUCAACGGCAGCGCGCUUCUGACCCUCACCCAAACCACCACUGCAUUCAUGACACAUGUAAACAAACGGAUAGGCGGACGGACACAAGGAAAUGGGCAGGUGUGACUGUCCGCCACUGCGGACCGGUAGAUUAUGAAUCUGCUAGGCGGCUGCUCGUUGAAGCGCGGGUUCUUCAGAAACUUGGCUACAGCAUCUGUCCAUCCAGCCAUCCAGCCAUCCAGCCAUCCAGCCAUCCAGCCAUCCAGCCAUCCAACCAUCCACAUACAGACAGACAGAAGAGGCCAUAUGUUGUGGCGGGGGUGUAUGGGGCAUGCACGUGUACCUUUGAUGAGGACGGGGAAGUUAUCGACGUGCUCGCUCUCCCCCUCCCGCACCAAAACCCUCGUGUAGUACUCGAGGAACAGGUCGUCAAUCGAGGCCGUCAACACUAUCACCGACCUGCCUGAACACACACAUCCACAUCUAUCCAUCCAUCCAUCCAUCGGUUCACUUCGUGUGUGGGGCUGGUGUCUGUUGGAGAUACCUCUGGCCUUCUUGCACUCGACCCCGAUGACCAUGGUGCUGACCACAGGCUCGGUGUUCAACGCCCACGCUGCGCCGCCCAACUAAGUACACACACAUGUGGGGUGGUGGGCCUUCUCUCCCUCUCUCUCUUCGUGUGUGUGGUGGGUACCUUGCAUGCGAUCUGGGCUACCAGUUUUGGGAGCGCCGAAUUCCACCGACGGCCCGAGAUGGUCUUGGCUUGCACGCCCUGCACACAUGCCCGCCCAUACAGAUGGACAGAGACAUAGGAAGGCUUGCGUGAGGAGGUUGUCUGUCUUUGCCCACUCACCGAUGGUCACCCACCUGCGUGAGCACCGCCUCCCUCCCACAGGUCAGCCGCUGCUUCAUGGCCUGCAUGACAGUAUACACACCCACAUACCCUCCAUCCAUCCACCCACACCCCCAGCCCAUUUCUCUCCUCACCUCAUAGACCUGUUUGGCCUGGGUCUUGUUGUCGGGCAGUAUGAAGACCACCAUGAUGGGGUCGCUGAUGGGGUCGCUGGCCCGCUUCUCGCGCUCUCGUAGGGUCUUCAUGUUCACAUCGUAGUCGUGGUCGGAUCGGGGGUCAUUGAGGUUGGCCAUGCUGAGCACAGGCGGGGAGAUGAGAAGCGGGGCGUCGUAGCCCAUCCCGUACUCUACACACACAUGAGAGGCACACGGAGAGAGAUGGGUGGCGGGGGUGGGGUGGGGUGGGAGGGCACUGUGUGCGUCGUGUCUCUUUUGUACGUUGUGCCUUGGCUCGUAUGUCGUUAACAAGUCUGGUCUUGAGGGCCUCGUGGUCCUGCCCGUACACCACAAUCCAACGCUUCAAGUUGGCCUGCACACAUGGCAGCCACACAUCACACAAACCACACGACAUACAGCACACUUGUUGACGUCUUCCCCUCCAGAAACACCUACCGGAGCGAUGAGUGAGUUGCUGUUGAAGUUGGCGUUUCUGGGCGGCCCGGGUAUGGGUGUGCCGUGCUGAUGACGCUUCUCGGCGUGCUGCUCCUCCUGCAGCAGCUCCUUCUCAUGGGCCCUGUCGUAGUACCGGAAGAAGGCGGCCUCAUCGCCCGCACACAGAUGGCGGCCUGCACACACAUAUCCACACAUAGAGACACAAGGGGGUGUGCGCAAGUGUCGGGGUGAUGGGUGGGUGUGGCGUGCUCUUGUGUGGUGUUUUGUUACCCUUGACCAGGUUGCCGUCCGUCUGACCAGGUUGCCGUCCGGCUGGAUGGUGAUCCCAUAGGUAUCCAACACCUCUGCACAAAAACACACACACACACACAAUGUGUCAAUAAACAAAGUGGUGGUUUCGCUCUCUCUGUCUCACUCACGGGCAGCCCGGCUAGGUCCGCCCCCAGCGGCCGUCUGGGCCUGUAGCUUCCGUGCCAACGCUCUGCUCUUGUCCAGCCGCGCGCCGGGCAGCAUUCGGCACCGGUUGGCGAUCUGGUUGUUCAAAUCAAAGUUGCUGCGGAUGGACUCAUCCAUGCCUGCAAGCAAGCCGACAGAGGCAGAGAGGGGGGUUGUGUGUGUGGGGGUCUUGGGGGCUGUGGCUGACCGGUAAGUGUGACUGUUUGUGAGGGCAGGAUGAUGGUAUUGAUGACCUGCUGAGUCCCGUCCGGCAUGCGACGACUCCUCUCGUACUUGACUGCAGCCAACAGCCGAUGGACGGAUGGACGAAAGCAGGGACGGACCAACCACAUAUGUGUGUGGGUGGCCAUGGGCGUACCGAGUGCCUGCCCUUCGGCGAGUGUGAUGCCGUAUGUGUUUUGGAAGUACUGGGCGUACGACACCGUCACCUCCUGCCCUUGCUGCCGACGGGUGAAGGUGCGGUGGAUGCCAGGCUCACCAAACAACAACUGAACCAAUUGACGGGCGGAAACAAACACGCACACACACGCAGAGACACGCGCGUGGGAGUGAAAGGGGGUGGGGGUGUGGGGUGUGCACCUCUGUUAUGGCGUAGAGCUUCCGAUCUCUGUUGCCCACGGGGCCGCUCUCCUGCAAGCAAACGAUCAACAAAGAAAGGACAGCCGACAUGUUGGGUGGGGGCUUAUUCUGUGGCUGUUCGUCGGUCCUACGUAUACGGUGAUGAUGCGCCUCCCCUGGAACUCCUCGUUCAUCCGCUGCGCAAACACGGCCUCAUCCCCGGUGAAACGCCGCUGCAUCCCCCAACACACAUCCAUGGGACACACCCCGUGUGUGCCCAGCCCUCCAUCCACCCACCCACCCACCCACCCGUCUUUCUUCCAGCACGUCCCGCAGGGUGUUCAUAUGGAUGAUGCGGUGCGUGCCGUCCACCUGAGAAACCAGCCAUAAAGCCCACAAGAGACACAAGGAGAUGCUAGACGCAGAUGGAUGAAGCGCUGGGUGACCUGCAGAUAGAGUGACGCGCCGAGCUGGUGAAUGGACGUGAAGUACCCGGGGAGGAGGAGGAGUUUGUAAUUGCCCACGGUGGUGGUGCCGCCCAGCUCGGGGUCGACCUGGUGAUCGUUCAUCAUCUCCGUCAGGAACAGAUGACGACCGAUCACCUGGAACUGCACGGCCACACACACACACACACAGAGAGAGAGAGAGAGAGGCAGAGCGGUGGAAAGGAAGCGUCUGUGUGUUGUGUUGGGGGGUGGGGAGACUGACCCUGAGUUGCCCCAUGGCCUUCUUGACGGCGCAGUUGAGAUACUGGAUGGUCUCCUGGUCCAGCGCACCAUCUGUUGCAUCAUACACACAUUGAUGGACGAAGGGACAGCAACACAAGCCCACAAAGAGGGAGAGAGAGAGCGCAUGCCGACGUGUGUGCUUGCUCUCCCCAGUUCUCCCCCGCGUUGCCGUCCGUACGCAGGUCGAUGGUAUGCCUGGCCAUGAAGCUGAUACGCUGAGGCGCCCCCGUCUGCAGUGCAAGAGGCACAAUCAACAUACACAUCCUCCCAUCCCCCCUCCCUCUCAUCCCCUGCACUCACGUCAGCGGUCUGUGGGAGCGUCACGGAAGCCGUGUGGUUCGGCUGUAUGUUGGUGUCAACCUUGACAAACGUGUGCUUGCCCUGGUACAGCAGCGCACCCCCAAACGCAUUCAAACUCUGCAAUAUCUGACAUAAGAAAAGAGGGAACACACCGGAGCAAAAAAGCCCCCCCGCCCGGCCGGACCAAACAUCUUCUUGUGAGAGAGAUCCCUUCUCCCCCGUGAGCUUUCCCAUCUGGAGCCAUCGUCUGUGUCGUACCUGCUCGGAGUUUCGGUAGAUCAGCGCCCGCUGCGGCCCGAGGGCGUUUACGGGCGGGUCAAACUCUGCACCACAACCCCACAAAGACCACACAAUUCGGCCCGCACCAGACACAGAUCUCGCCAGAUCUUCCUUGCAUCAGCUCCACGUACCAGUGGCAUACACCCAGACGGCGAACUGACGUCGGUUGUGGAGCCCGAUCUCGAACAGGUUGGUCUGUGCCUCCAGCUCUACGCCUAUGCUACAGAAGAGCGGCCUGCCGUGGGGAUCUGUCGGCCUCGCUACUGGCCGCGGCACCAGUGAUGCCAUCGUGUGAACGCAGAAGGGGGGAUGAAAGGGGAAUGGAUGGGGGUAGAAGCCUACUGAAG